UAAUUUAUGGCUUAUGGUCUCAUUUUGGAUAAGUCGACUUAACGUUCUGAACGUUUUUCUUUAUAAAUCUUUCUUGGUUACAGCUGUAAAUUGCAGUGUCGUAUUGGUUAGGAAUCCUGCGUUUUAGAUAUGUAAGGUCCUUCAUGUUGUAUUACUGUGACGGAUUCAUGGAGCCAUGCGUAGCUGUGUCUCUGUUAUCGUCAUGUUAGGGUCACUGGUAGAAAUAAUGUCAUGGCACUUUUAUGAAAGGGGCUCGGUAAUGACUAUUAACCUAUAUCCAACCAAUCAGCGACAAGCACUAGUGGUGAGCAGUGACAUCAUCCAUAUGGACACGAGAUGUUGCUUUGCAAUAGAGAAAUGCCAAGGUGGAGACAAAGUUCAUGAGCAGUGUCAACAAAAUCACGAGACAUUUGAUCAACUGCUCGAGGAUUACACAAAAACAGGUUGUGACAUUUUCGAGUUCCUUCCAGGAUCUCGACUAAUUGCGGGUUUACUUAUGGAUGGAUCAAGAACAAUUUUGAACGGAGCAAAGUUUGCAUCUCGUCUUCACUUGGAGAACGUACUACUGAAUCUUUUGCUUAUAUUCUUCGUUAAUGUAUUACUAAAAAAGAACAUUAUUUCUUUGGAAUUACAAGUCAUAACAACAGCGAUUCUUCAGUGGGAAAAUGCCCAAGCAACUCUUUCACCAACGCCGUCAUAUACGCUUUCAUCAAGUGCGCACAUAAUCAAACCCUCGCCGCCAGCUAACAAUUCUCUCUCAAGUGAAACAUCUCAAGGGAAAAAUCAAUUGAAUUCACAAACGGCAGCUGUCACAGAAACAAACUUAGAGUAUUCACAAGGAACUUGUGAUGAAGAUUGGAUUCACGAGGGAAAUUUAUGUUACAGAAUUGUUAAAGAACUGAGACAGUUUAAUCACGCUGAAAGAUUCUGUGAGAUGAACUCUGCUCAUUUGCUAUCAAUUGCAAACAAAGAAGAAAAUGAUAAGAUUUUUGAUUUAGUUAAGAAGUUUUUAGGUCCACCUGGUAAAAUUAAAAUAUGGCUGGGGAUGGAAAGGCUAUCUUCUGAUUCAGAACUCCAUUGGAUUGAUAAAACACCAAUCACUUUUAAUAACUGGGCACCUGGAGAGCCCGAUAAGAACGGCGCAUGCGUGCAAAUGAUUCAUAAGGGAUGGUGGGAAGAUGCUUCAUGUGUCCAACGACUUCCGUCCAUCUGUAAGAAAGGUAGCAAAGAGAAUCUGCCUUACUCCAGAGCUACAGAGCUUGGGAUCCUGAUCGGCAUUCCACUCACGUGCUCUGCUAUUAUGUUAUCAGUGGUAGGUGUGCUCCUCGUCAGAAGCAUUUACGACUCAGAAGGAACUUACUACGGAUACGGAAAAAAUCGUAACAAGGACAAAUUACACUCCUGCCUUGUCACCAUGACAACGAGCAUUGCACAUGUCUCAACUAUGGGGUAUAAUGACGAGAGACGAUUCAGUGAGACCAGUAUAAGGUCUAAUCAUUCUGCACAAUCUUCGCGCUCCCAUGCUAAUACUCAUGCCGCUGAUCAUUCUCGCGGUAACUCCAUCGUGGAAGCUCCGGAAAUAAAAAUCACUCCAGAGACACCUGAAGCAGAAAGACGAUUUGAGGCCAGAGUAUUUGCAUCUUCUAGCACGAGUAUUGACCAAGAAAGGUUUCAAUCAACCACAAGCCUAGAGAAUCUGCUGUCGAGGAAGUAUAUCAAGUCUAAAAGUCGCCGAUUACGUUCAUUACGUAAGUCAGAAGCUGUUGUUACACCCGCUGGGCACGACGGGAAAUAUACAAAGAAAGAGGACCAAUUUGAAUUUUAUGAAAUCUAGUUCUUAACUAAUGGUAAGAAAUUUUACUUAACUUAGAAAAGUUUGAAUCAAUGACAUAUGGACGAGAGCAUCUCGAUGUUGUAUACAAUUUUUUGUCAUUUUCGAAUUCAUUGGCUAUCUGGCUCAUCUGUUUGCAGUCAGUUUCACUGUAUGCCGGUUGGUGUGGAGACUUUUCCACAAGAGAAUGAAUUAAUGCGAUGGCAAACUCGAAAAAAUGAUAUAUUGGGAACAUUCUUACGUUCACCUAAGCUUUAUCACCUAAACUGUUAUGAACUGCGAUAAGCUUUAUUUCUGUCUAUAGCAGUUGUGAGUCGCUUUAUUAGAUAACGAUUAAUUUACUAUUUAUAAUGACUUAGGUGCCUUAAUUGGUCAUCUAUGGAAAUUUAAAACACAUUUUACAUAAAAGAAACAAACUAUUAAAUUCAAAUAUCUAUUCUUGGUAAAGGUUUCAUUUCAAAACCUUUCCUAACCUUAAGCAACUAGUUUGAAAUUUACAUGGAUGUCGUAGCUGCGCUAUGUAAAGCUAAUCUUUAAGUGCCAAUUGUUCAUUAAAUCAUCCAUUUUUGUUAGUGAUAGGUAUUUUGGUUCGCCUUUUCAAAAGAAAGUUCAGCAUCUGGUGUCAAUGAUGAAACAUUCCGAUAGAGCUAUCCAAAACUUAUCCAACACAAUCUGUGUUUCUCAGGAAACUGUUCAGAGACAAUUUUUUUUUCUUAAUAGGUUUGCUAUGAUAGUGACACUCUGUUAGGACACUCUAAUUAUUUUUAUAGUUAAGAUCACAAAUUAAAUAUAAUUUUGUAAGUUAAAAAAUAAAACGCACCAGAAGUAAGGUAUCAGCGUCAGUACUGUGCCUCUUGUCAUAUUCCGCAUACAGAGAACUAACCGAUCUCAGGGACAGUAACCUUUCAAACGGGGAGCCGGAUAUGACAGCGUUUAGUCAUGCAGCGCUUGUGCGCAAACAAAAACUCAGCUGUGUAUUAAUUUACAAUAGGCAGGGCCAAGUCACUCGAAGGACAUAUAAACUUUUCCAACAAGUAAAUCGCCAUUCACUGCGUAAUCCACUGAGUACAGAUUUAUCCACAGGAUAGCGUUAUCCACCCCUCGAACAACCGUUAACAAUUGUUGGCUUUCAAUGGCGUUACAGAUGAUUCUCAAACAGGUUGUUUCCAAACUCCAUCAUCCUGUAUGGCUAAUAGUUGUUUUGAGUGCUCGAUGAAAAUAAAGGUGGAAAU